AAUCUCUUCCAUUGAUUCCGAUUACUCCUUGCCGGAGAGGAGUAGGGUUUGGACACACUGAGAUGGUUGCUAACGCCGACACCGGAGUGAAGGAUGUUGUUACUAAAGCGGAUUCUCCUGUUUCCGUCCUUGCAGAGGAGGAUACAUGCAAAGAGAAGCUUGCUGUCAAAUUGGAGGAUGAAGUAUUUCUUGAUGCAAAAAAUGGGGAUGUCUCUCUUUUAUCUGAAUUGAUGAAGAAGGAAGAGGAGAACUUGAUAAAAGCACAUGUAAAGGAGGAAGAAGUAAAUGAUCCCAAAGAGGCCCCGAACUUGAAUGACCUUCAAUUUAGUAAGUUGGACGAGCUUCUUACACAAACCCAGCUUUACUCAGAGUUCCUGCUGGAGAAGAUGGAUAACAUCACAGUGACUGGAGUGGAAGAUGAAGAGAAAGGCAGUGAAGACAAGAAGAGGGGUCGUGGCAGAAAAAGAAAGGCUGAUACAAGUUAUAAUAAUAAAAAGGCCAAGAGAGCUGUUGCUGCCAUGCUUUCAAGAUCUAAAGAAGGUGGUUCUGUUGAGGAUUCAACCCUCACGGAAGAGGAGAGAGCUGACAAGGAGCAGGCUGAACUUGUGCCCUUGCUGACUGGUGGAAAGUUGAAGUCUUAUCAACUGAAAGGUGUCAAGUGGUUGAUUUCAUUAUGGCAAAAUGGGUUGAACGGGAUUCUAGCAGAUCAAAUGGGACUUGGAAAGACCAUUCAAACUAUUUCUUUUCUUGCACAUUUGAAGGGAAAUGGGUUAGAUGGACCUUAUUUGGUCAUUGCUCCCCUGUCAACUCUUUCUAAUUGGAUGAAUGAGAUAGAAAGGUUUGUCCCAUCCAUUAAUGCAAUCAUCUACCAUGGAGACAAGAAACAAAGAGAUGAGAUAAGGAGGAAGCAUAUGCCAAGGACCAUAGGUCCCAAAUUUCCAAUCGUAAUUACCUCUUAUGAGAUUGCAAUGUUUGAUGCAAAGAAAUUCUUGAGGCAUUAUACUUGGAAGUAUCUCGUGGUUGAUGAGGGGCACAGGUUAAAAAACUCAAAGUGCAAACUGUUCAAGGAACUCAAGCUGUUGCCAAUUGAAAACAAGCUUCUAUUAACUGGAACACCUCUGCAGAACAACUUAGCUGAGUUGUGGUCAUUGUUAAAUUUCAUCUUACCAGAUAUAUUUUCAUCCCUAGAAGAAUUUGAGUCAUGGUUUGAUCUAUCUGGGAGGUGCGGCAAUGAAGCCCAAAAGGAAGAAAUGGAAGAGAAAAGGAGGACACAAGUUGUUGCGAAACUCCAUGCAAUUUUACGCCCUUUUCUUCUUCGGAGAUUGAAAGUAGAUGUUGAGCAAAUGCUUCCCCGAAAGAAAGAAAUAAUUUUAUAUGCUACCAUGACUGAGCAUCAGAAGAAGUUUCAGGACCAUCUAAUUAACCAGACGUUGGAGGGUUAUUUGACCGAGAACUUGUCCAUCGGGAAUCAUUUUAGAGGAAAGCUCACUAACUUGAUGAUUCAACUCCGCAAAAAUUGCAAUCAUCCUGAUCUCUUGGAGUCAGCAUUUGAUGGUUCUUAUCAUUAUCCACCUAUAGAACAAAUAGUUGGGCAAUGUGGCAAGUUCCGCUUACUGGAAAGGCUUUUGUCAGAAUUGUUUGCUCGCAAGCACAAAGUUCUGAUAUUCUCUCAGUGGACUAAAGUACUGGACAUAAUGGAUUACUAUUUUAGUGAAAGGGGCUUUGAUGUUUGUAAAAUUGAUGGCCGUGUGAAAUUGGACGAAAGGAAAAGACAGAUCAAGGAGUUCAAUGAUGUUAACAGUGAGUGCAGGGUAUUUCUGCUGAGCACCAGGGCUGGUGGUCUUGGCAUUAAUCUUACUGCUGCAGACACCUGCAUUUUAUAUGACAGUGACUGGAAUCCACAAAUGGAUCUACAGGCUAUGGACCGGUGUCAUAGAAUAGGUCAGACAAAACCUGUUCAUGUUUACAGGCUUGCAACUGCUCUGUCUGUGGAGGGUCGAAUGCUCAAAAGAGCUUUCAGUAAGUUGAAGCUUGAACAUGUGGUGAUUGGAAAAGGACAGUUUAAGCAAGAAAGAAGUACUACAGAUACUAUGGAGGAAGAGGACUUGUUAGCACUGUUGAGAGACGAUGAUAACGAAGAGGACAGGUUGACGCAGACAGAUAUCAGUGAUGAGGAUCUACAGAGGGUUUUAGACCGAAGUGAUUUGGUUGUUGGUCCGGCAAGUGAAGAUGAAUCAAAGGUAUAUGUGGUUCCACUUAAAGGACCCGGUUGGGAUGUUGUUGUUCCAACUGCAAGCGGAGGCAUGCUUUCUACUCUCAACAGCUGAUAAGGAAGGGAAGGGACUCAUGGGCAUGGUUCAUUUGCAGAAAUAGAUGUUUUUGGGAGCUAAGCAACGUUGAUUAUUUUGUAAUCUACUUUUUGCAAAUUUAUGGUCUUGGAG